AUGUCUUCCCACUUCUACGAGGUCGCGCUCUCCGGAGAGUUUUUCGCUCAGGAUCUACCAGGUGUGCCGUGGAUUCGAACGCUCGACACGCGAGCUUACCCGUCGUUUUGUGAAGCAAUUCUGAACAGGAUCACUCUUCACAGCGAAUCUGCACACCAGAUGCAUGCCCGGGAGAUUGUAUUUGAGCCGUACGAUGCGCAGCACCAGCGCGACACAGGUAACGAACCCGUCCUAUUGAGAGCCAAGAAGGAAUUACUCGAGCCCGAUGCGAAAUGGGUUCUCUAUUCAUUCUUGAAGCCGGAGUCCACCCGGGUACACCCAGACACGACCGUGCGGCCUUGGGCAACUUGCCAAGUAGUCGGGGAUGCACUCAGCUUCGCUUCUGCCUUGGGAUACGUUCGUCGGUCCCACAUUUACAAGCGCGGCUAUGUCUUCAGGCGGGGUGCGCUGGUGAUACAGAUGUUCCAGCAAGAGCAUGCUGAUGACAAGACACAGAAGCCAAUAUCUGCGCACACAGAUACCCUAUGGGAGGUGGAGGUGAAAACCGCUUCCCCUGUGCGGAACACCCAGGAGACACCACUGAGCAAAUACGUUGACGCCGUGCUCGAGGUACAGUUGUUGAUGAAGGGAUUACUUGACCUCAGGCGAUUGGACGUGUAG